GCUGGGUAUUCAUGAGGGCCAGAGUUAUGCUUGGAAACCCUUGUCACACACGGAGCCAGCUAGUCACAACAGAGAGGACUUCAAAGGGAAGCCAGCGGGGCGAGAAGUGUGAGUGACAGACAGACAGUAAGACGAACAGACAGGCGGACGCAGGGAGACAUGAGAGGAGCUGUGAGUGUCUUAUAGCAGAGGAGAGGGCGGUAGAUGGAGACAGAGUUUGGAUGCUGAAGACAGCGCAAGUGACCGAAAGAUAUCCUAGUGUACCCAUUUGUUUAGCUUGAAGGGAGUACAAACGCUGAACAGGAGAAGAAGUCAGUAAGACAUCUGCGGACACAACAUUUUCUCCUCUUCAGAGCAUGGUGGCAGAGUGCACAUGGAUUUAGUCGACCUCUACCUCCCAGAGUGUUUCACCUAUCACUCUGACACAGAACAUCUUGGCAGGAUGUCACUGAGGGGCUUGGACCCCACCUGUCCAUCCACAAUAAAGCGUGAGCCCUCAAGCCCGAGCCCAAGCUCUCAGGGGGACGUCAGCCCGGCUCAGCCCAGUCCUGGAAGCUCUUCAUCAGACACAAACUCCAGCUAUGGGCCCCUGACCAAAGGACACAACCACAGCCUGGACUCACCGGGCCUUUACGGUCACCCAGCGGUGUUGGCCAAUAAUGUGGGAACAAACAGGAGGUUUGCGGAUGGAGAAAGCCAAGUGAAGUGUGAGUUCAUGCUGGGCACAGUGGCCAAGCGAGUGUGCCUCGUGUGCGGUGACGUAGCUUCAGGUUACCACUACGGUGUGGCCUCCUGUGAGGCCUGCAAAGCCUUCUUCAAGAGGACCAUCCAGGGUAACAUUGAGUACAGCUGCCCUGCCUCCAAUGAAUGUGAAAUCACCAAGAGAAGAAGGAAAUCCUGCCAGGCCUGUCGAUUUGUGAAAUGUCUGGCUGUGGGCAUGUUGAGAGAAGGUGUGCGUUUGGACCGUGUCCGAGGCGGCAGACAGAAGUACAAGAGGAGAAUAGACGCUGAGAACAGCACGUACCUGCACCCACAGAAUGCCUUGCCCCAGAAAAAAACCUUCACUGUUGGCAGUGUGGUGGAAAACAAGGUGGUGUCUCUGCUACUGGUGGCCGAGCCAGAGGGAAUCUUUGCCAUGCCUGACCCCACCGUGCCCGAGAGCGACAUCAAGGCUCUGACCACGCUGUGCGACCUCGCCGACAGAGAGCUGGUGGUCAACAUCGGCUGGGCAAAACACAUCCCAGGCUUCCCCUCCCUCUCUCUGGCUGACCAGAUGAGUCUGCUGCAGAGCGGCUGGAUGGAGAUUUUGAUUCUUCGGGUGGUAUUCCGCUCUCUGGCCUUGGAGGAAAAGCUGGUGUACGCCGAGGACUACAUCAUGGAUGAGGAGCAAUCGAAGCUGGCCGGGCUGCUUGACCUCAACAACGCCAUCCUUCAACUGGUGAAGAAGUUUAAAACCAUGGGGCUGGAGAAGGAGGAGUUUGUGAUCCUGAAGGCCAUCGCAUUGGCUAACUCAGACUCCAUGCAAAUCGAAGACUCAGAGGCGGUUCAGAGACUCCAGGACGUUCUCCAUGGCGCCCUGCAGGACUACGAAGCCACCCACCACCCAGAGGACCCUCGGAGGGCAGGAAAACUGAUCAUGACUCUCCCUCUCCUCCGUCAGACGGCUGCCCGAGCUGUGCAGCACUUCUGCAGCAUCAAACAGGAUGGCCGCGUGCCGAUGCACAAACUGUUCCUCGAACUGCUGGAGGCCAAAGCCUGACAUGAACACAGACAGCCUUUAGCUCUAUCCUGACUCCCAACGCAGGUGUGGAAUGACAAAAAAAAAAAAGUGAAGUAUAACGGGUAAUGGUGUGGUUUGACACUGUCUGUAUUUGUUCAUUUCAGCUUUUGGCAAUAAAGUUUUGAAUCUGCAAUCCCUGGGAGGUAUGUUGUGUGGCGAACAGCUGGAAAAUCUUUUAGAGCAGCACCGUACUCCAGAUGAAACUUUGAAUGGAAGUCAAUGGAGCUGUCAAAUUUUCAUUUAGUGUCUUGAAACAAGGACUUUGACACUACUUUAAGUGAAUAUACCUGCUUCCAAUUUACUGAAGAUGAAAGGAUGAACUGCUUUAAAGCAGAGGGAAUCAACUUCCUGAGAUAUUUACAGUUAUAUGCCAAAAGUAGAGCUUCUUUUGUCUAAAUAACACCUGAUACUUGAAGAUCCUCAUGGAUUAUUUCAUCCAUCUUGAAGCCUGUUAAUCUGCAUUCUAGUGCGUUUAGGAAGCCUUGAAACUAUUUCGUAUUGUUUGUCCUUUUUUUUUUUUGUAUUCAAAAAGGUGUCUGAAGAGGUCAGUCUUGCCAAAGAGUAAAGACUCAUACUAUUCAAUAAUACCAGCAUACGUCCACAGUAAUAUAAUGUGGCCUGUAGGACAUUCAGUAAAGCUACAUCCCUGCUGUGUUGUGUAUCGCAUAAAGUAUCUAUCCAUCCACAACAUUCAUAUGUAGACAAAGUAAAUAAGCAAUCAGAAUCUCAUAAUACAAUAAGCGUCCUGAUUUUCGUAGAACAUUUCAGGGAAAGAGUCCUCUAUGUUAUUAUACGACUGUACUACAGCAAAGUAAUAUUUAUUUUACAAAUGGCUCUGUUUGUUUGCUGUUUUUUAUUUACUAGUGUUGCAUUAAUGGAGAGUAGAUUAAAGCAAUUAAAGUGCAUAAUAAUUUUGUAAAAGAUUUUUAAAUAUCAUUGUAAGAUAAUUUUUUUACUAGCUUCUCCUCUACAGCACUGAUACAUACAUGUAUACAAUAUCAAAUUCAAGACAUCAUGGUAAUAAUUGGAGUGCGUACUUGAAUAUCCUAAUGUUGUAGAGCUAUUGUAGGCC